AUGGCUGCAGUUGGGAAUGACCGUUAUUCCCAUUUUCACUCCCCCUAUGCACAGCGAACGUACAGCAACGUCCCCUGCUUCUGGGAAACACAACCCGUAGGCUGUGUGAGGUUCAACUGUGCCUUCCAUCAUAGCAAGCCUCGUAAUAUAAAUGGACUUUUUUUGCCACCUACCAACAGUGCCCCACUGCAACAGGGUGUCCAAGGAGGGAUUCUGCAUCCAGCGCAUCGUCAAGAAUUACUCAGAACUCAAAAGAAUAUUGUACUACCAAUUCAUCCUCCAGUGAUUAUAAACAUCAACGACGAUGACGAUGAUGAAGAGGACGAUGAAGAGGAAGAGAAUUGUGUUCCUGAGUGGGUGCCUAGGACUGCUGCAGAUCUUGAAGAGGAAAGAGCAAUAAAGGAAAUAUGCUAUAAGUCUGGAGAGUAUUACGGGAUUCAGUACCCCCACAAACACCAAUCAACAAAAACUGUGUCUGCACCUCGGGAAAAUGAGCUAUUGCCCUUGGAAGCUACUGAGCAACACUUGCAGAAAGAAACCAACCACACUGAGCUGGUAAAAAGCCAUCACUAUCAAGAAGUACAGGAAGAGAAAGGGAUAUCUGAGGAGCCAAGAAAUUCACCUAAUACAGGAACAGGCAAAGGAAUUCGCACUUCAGACCCCAAAGCCAAACCAAGGUACCGACCAAGGGGUCAAAGGAAGGAUGAUCAAACUGCUUCUUCUUAUAUUCCUUAUGAGAGAGAAACUGGAAGAAAGACUGACUUUAAUUCUUCAGAACCUCGAAGAUCAGCACUUGCAUUGUACCCUACUGUCACCAUCACCCAAGAACCAAAGUUCAACGGGUCUACAGGUGAUGGUAAUGCAAUUCCUACAAAAUUGAAUAAUACAAAGAGAGAAGGACAGACUAAAGGAAGGAGAGGACCAACAGAGAGUAUUCCCAGAACAGAUUGCAGAUCCUCUGAAAACGGAGGAAUUCGCACUUCAGACCCCAAAGCCAAACCAAGGUACCAACCAAGGGGUCAAAGGAAGGAUGAUCAAACUGCUUCUUCUUAUAUUCCUUAUGAGAGAGAAACUGGAAGAAAGACUGACUUUAAUUCUUCAGAACCUCGAAGAUCAGCAUAUGUAGUCUACCGUACUGUCACUGCCACCCAAGAACCAAAGUUCAGUGGAUCUACAGCAGUACCUGAGCCACGUGGUUGGAAAGGCUCCAAGCAAAAGAAUCAGUUUGACACUAAUAGAAGAUUUUGGACCCAAAUGGAAAACUAUGACAAGUAUACUUCAGGAUCUUACAAUGCACCAACUCAAAGGAAAAGAAAUCCACAUGCAAAAACGUUCUCUAAGUCUAAAACAACCAUUCAGUCUCUCUGUGUCACCCACGGACCUAACAGGUUGUUUGCUCUGCGGUUGCACAGUUCGAAAUGUGAACUAGCAGAGCAUCCUCAUAGUUCUGGCAAGCUUAGCCUUCUAGCUUGCUAUGAAAGUGCUUCCCUGAAAGGGCAAAGAGAUAAGUUUGAACCCUGUUGA